GAAAGAGUUGAUUAAGUAACUUAAAUUAAGUUAAACAGUUGAACAGUUACUUUACGUUUUAACGAGUGAACAUCAAACCGCUUCAAGAUGGAAAACCAAUUGGUACCAUUAGAUGAAAAUAUGAAAGUUACGAUUGUGAACCGAAAAAAAUCUUACGAAAUUUCUAAACAAAAGUUAUCAUCGAUUCCUUACUUUGUGAAACUAUUUUCCAAUUCUAAUUGUGAUACAACCAAAAUAGAACUUGAUCUUGAUGAAAGUUCAUUUGAUAAUAUUAUCGAGUUUAUUCUGGAUGGUCAUUUAUCGAUUUCUAUGGAAAGUGUCUUUCUAAUGAUGGAAACUGCUGACUACCUUGGAAUGGGCGAAACUAAACAGAAAUAUUAUGAUCUCUAUCAAUCAAAUUUCAACAUCAAACUAUUGGAAAAGUUUUAGAUUUUUAUGAGAAUCAUAAAUGUCUUGAAAACAUUAAUGAAGAGAAGCUUAAUUCCUUUAUUAGGAAGUAUUUCAUUCCAAUCUCUCACACAAAAUCAUAUCUAAGAUUUUCAGUUACUCUAUUGGAGCGCUUAUUAAAAAUGGAUUUGGUUGUUUCUUCGGAGUUGCAGAUGUUCCAAGCUAUUGUUCGAUGGUUCGAAGUUGAUGAAAAUACCCGAAAACAAUAUCUACCUGAACUCAUGAAGUUCAUUAAUUUUUAUCGUAUGAAUGAUGAAGAGAUUCUAAAUUGCGUGUCAAUAUUUGAGAGUGUUGGAAUCGAUUCUAAUCUUCGACAAGGAAAGAAGCCGCGUGCUUAUCUACCACAAUUCUGCCAAUUUGAUUGUAAAAUUAAUCGACAUUAUGAUAAGUCAUUGAUCUCAAUCUAUGAACUGGGUAAAGAUAAAAUUUACAUUCGACGUUUAUCAAGAUCAAACCUCUGGACUAAAUAUGGUCAAUUCACUCGAGAUGAGACAAUGUCCACUUCUCUGAUUGAGGCUGAUCAUAUAGUCGAUGUAAUAUAUGAUUCUGGAAGAAAAGGUAUUCGAGUUGAUUUGAUUGGAAAGAAAUUCAAAUAUCUUAAAAUGUUUGGUGGUGACAAUUCUUAUUAUGGUCAAGCUUACAAGUAUUUUGCUCAUGAUUACACUUCUUCAAAGAUAAGAAAAUCGUACAUGAAUCGCAAGAAUGACAGAAAUGUUUCUAAGCCAUAUAGUCUGGAAGCCAUUUCUCUGGAUGAUUGCUUGGCGGGAAUUUACCAUGGAAAUGCAGAUUCUGUAGUGGUUAAUGUUGGUCAUAUAUCUGAUAGCUGCGGGGUGGAUAAAUCUCAUGAUCAGUAUUUUUAUUGCACAUCUCUUGAUUAUCGAAAAUUGUCUUCAUAUGAGAUAAAAGGACCUGUCCAAACUCGGUACUGUUUUUUCAGAUACAAAUCAGAUACGGUAAAGGUCGUGUACUUUUUGACGAGCCAUGAAUUCUUUAAACAGAUGCUUCAAGACGAUUCAACUUAUGUACUUGACUAUUCGUUUCUGAAAGAUUUCAUCGGAAGCGAUUCUCUUGAUCACAUUGAGCUGAUUUCUCAUAACAACUCGAUUCUAAUUUGCAACAAGGAAUCGAAAAUGAUUUAUUCUUUUAACGGUGAUAUUGAUAUUGAUUACAAUGACUCUGAUUAUUGGCAAUUUAUGUCUAAAAUUGAAUCUCCCGAAAAGAUGAUUACAAUUGCAUCUAUUUGUUUGCCGAUUGAUUUUGAAUAA